GACAAUCAGCUCAUUAAGCAGUGAUUGGAAGCAGGCUGCAUUAAGUACUACCUCCCUGCCGCUCACACAUGCAGAGCAAGAAGCUUCAGGGCAGUAGGGCUACUGUUGCUUUGACACACAGAGAUGGUUUGUGGAGUUCAUUUGGGGGUCUUGCUGAUUUGCUUAGUUCAAGCAGAGCAUGUACGCUGUUUGUGGGCUUCACAAGCUCAGAGCUCCCAGGGACAAAGUAGCAAUGCAUAUGUUGGCUUCUCACAACAGGAUAGUGGACUAAGAAGACUUGGUGGCAGCUAUCCCCAGAAUGAACUCAGACAGGCCUCUGUUUCUCCAGGCUCAGCCCAAUCGAGUAGCCUCCACACACAGACCAGUGUUAGCACUGUUUAUAGCCAGAAGCCCUCCAGCAGCAGCUACUCGCAAAGUUUGUCACAACCGGCUCAGAGUGGUCACUCCUCAGUGAGAUUUGUGCAGGCCAACUCUGUGUCAAAACCUAACUGGCAAAGUGUAACUUCAACUAAAGUAAAAAAUGAGCCUAAGAGGCGAUUCUUUGGCCUAUCUACUGAGAUUGCAAGCGGAAGUUCAGUGAGUCAGUACAACAAGAGAGACCCUACUGAUGACAGCAAAAAGGCAACUUUGCCAGUUCAGCAGAGUGCUAGCAAGUAUCCAUCCAGCAGUCCUUCGUUGACCUCCUACCAGUCAGCAGCACAGGCAACAUCCUAUGUGCAAGGAGGCUAUUCUCCUGCUCUGAAGCCUUCUAGCCUCUCUAGCCCAAAAGUCCCCACCUCACAAAGGCACUCUGUGCGAAUGCAGACGUCAGCCUCUGCCCCUGCAAGAAGAGUGUACAUACGUCGCACAUCUCAUCCCUCAAAAAUCUCAUCUAAAAAAGCUACAAGUUGGACUGAAGCUACAAACCCACACCAAAGUCAUGGCCAAGGAAGCUACAAGCCUGCCUCUACAGACAACAUGCCCUCAAGCCAGCCUCUUCCGUCAUCCAACAAACAAGAUGCCUCUGCAAGCUUCCAGCCCCGCAGCACGCUCCAGUCAUACUCAAGCAGAGGUCCAGUCCAAGGAGCUCACAACCAGCCUGCUCCACGCUAUGCCCCAACCAGAACCUACAGCAUCCCUCAACGCUUUGGAGGCUAUGCAAUCAGACGGCUGGGAGAUGCCAAAGAGCAAAGGGAAGAGGGCACUAGGAAGCUCCAGCAGACCUACACAGCUCCUUCUGCACAGACGGGGUCUUAUAAACCACAGUUACAGAGCAUUAGAAAGCCCCAACAGACCCAAACUAUGGCCUAUCAACCGCAGGUCCAGAGUGUCAUGAAUCCAGGGCAGACCUACUCUUCUGUGCAAACGGCAUCCUACAGGCCCAGGCCUCAGGAUCAAAGUAUUGUGAAACCAGGACAGACCUAUUCGGCUCCUUCUGUGCAGACUGCAUCUAACAGGCCUCAGGAUCAGAGUGCCAAGAAGCCAGGGCAGAGUGUCUGGAAACCACAACAGGCUAACAUGGCUCCCUCAGCAAGGAUUGUGUCUUAUAAACCACAGCAGUCCUCUUCAGCACAAACUGUAUCAUACAAGCCUAAAGUUCAGAGGCCAGGCCAGACCUACACAGCUUCUUCAGUGCACAAAGUGUCCGAAGAACAGUCAGUCCAGAGGGUAGGAAAGCCAGUGCAGGUUCACUCAGCUUCUUAUAAACCACAACAAUCCUCUGCAGCUCAAUCAGGCCAGACUGUAUUGUACAAACCACAAGUACAGAGCGUUGCAAAGCCAGAGCAGGCCUACACGGCACCUUCAGCUCAAAAGGUGUUUCAUGAGCCAAAAGCCCAGAACGCCAAGAAGCAACAACAGGCUGAAUCGGUUCCUUCAGCACAGAUUGUAUCCUAUAAACCACAACAAUCCUUUUCAGCUCCAUCAGCCCAAAGUGUAUUGUUCAAGCCUCAAGUUCAGAGCAUGGCAAAGCCACACCAAACCUAUAUGGCAUCCUCAGUCAACAAGGUAUCUGAAGAGCCAAAAGUCCAGAGCGUUGUGAAGCCACAGCAGGCCCACUCGGCUUCUUCAACAUGGAGUGCAUCUCACAAACCACAGCAAUCCUCCCCAGCUCCAUCAGGGCAGAGUGCAUUGUACAAGCCACAUGUUCAGAGCACGGUAAAACGAGUGCAAACGUAUACGGCAGCUUCACAAGCACACAUGUCGAACAAUCUUCAGUACCAGAGCGCCAGGAAGCCACAACAGACUCACGCAGCCCCUGCAUCUUAUAAACCCCAGCAGACAUUCACAACUCCACCAACACAGACUGUGUCGUACAAACCAAAGGUUCCCAGAGUUCAUCAGAAGAGCAGAUGGAUGAGGAUAAAGCCACAGUGGGGACAAUAACAGUGCAGCAGAUUUCCUGCAAGGUUUUGUGUAAAUAAAGUUUACUAAUUUAAAUCUUUA